AUGGAGAAAGACGUCUGUAUCUAUGAGAUUAAUAUAUUAUCGUGUACGCAUACUUAUUAACGCGUGUUCUGUGUAACUGUGUGAUAUGUGAAAAGAUAGUGUGACAAAUUUAAGGAUGUAUUUCAUUAUUAUUUUGAGCUUAUUGAUAAAAGAAUCUCUUUUACUACGAAUAGUUCGCGUUUCUGUCCCUGCAUACCGUGUGAGGGGCCAACCAGCUCAGUUAGAUUGCGAGUAUGAACUGGGUGACGACACAUUAUACUCAGUCAAGUGGUACAGAGAUAAUGAGGAGUUCUACAGAUAUUUGCCGAAAUAUGAUCCGCCAAAGCAUGCGUAUAAACUCGACGGGAUUAAAGUUGAUCUUUCAAAGUCGGACGAUCGCCAUGUCGUGUUGCACCAGGUGACAUUGAAGUCGUCAGGUUUAUACAGAUGUGAAGUGUCGGCGGAAGCGCCCAGCUUCGCGUCCACCGCCGGCGAGGGAAGAAUGGACGUCAUUUAUCUACCACGAGAGGGUCCAAGAAUAACUGGGAAUGAGCAAGAAAAUAGAGUAGGAGAUUCUCUCUUCCUAAACUGCACUUCAGGUCGAUCGUACCCUGGUGCGGUGCUGAGUUGGGAUAUUGAUGGUGAAAAGGUAACGGACCCAAAUCUGUUGGUCCAAUAUCCACCAAUCCAGCACGCGCAUGGGUUGGUUUCAACAGCCUUGGGCUUGCUGGUGCCAACGGGGAAAACCAUGCAAGUAAAAUGCACGGCCAGGGUGGCUCCCGCUUGGCGGGAAGGCAGUGAAGCCGUGGUUGGUAAUAGCCAAGUAGCGGAUAGUAAAGAGGCCAUGUUAUUAGUGCGAAGUUCAGCCGUGGCGUCUACAUUAAGUAUAACGAUGUUAACACUUACUCUUCUUCAAAUCCUCUUAACACAAUCAGAGACGUGAUGAAUUAUCUAUUAACUUAUUUAUGUGUGGAAUAUAGAGGUCUAAACGUGUGCGUUAAAAGUUAUUGUUUAUGUUUUGUUUACUGUACUCUGUGAAAAACAUACCGUAUUAUAACAAUUUAUCUGGGGGCCUCACAUGACUACUUUCUGACCAUUUAACUUCACUGUUUUUGAACCAUUAACAAACUCAAAGCCGGUGACAAUUUGUCUUUUUCUUACCGCUUAUGUAAGGAAACUCUCUACAGAAAAUAAUAACUAUUAAUAUAGUCCAGUGUGUUUAUACAUAUAUUAGUAUGUAGAAGCAACAAAAAGUACAAGUAGCGGCACGAAACUCUAGCGCUGACCGUUAUUGCGCAGAAGUAAAAAAUAAGGUACCUGAGGGGGGCUAGCGGAAU